GAAAAGCAGUGUGCCGGCGUUUCUCGUUUGUCUUGGUCUGCCUCCAACCAUAUUUGAAGGCUUCUUGUUUUCAUACUUAUCGUCCCGAAAUCAAACAAAAAGCCAUGGGAAGGAAGCUCGAUGCAAUCCUUGGCCGGAAAUUCAAGACUUCCAAGUUCAAAGCAACCGUGAACCUCGCCGUCUCCCGCCUCUCCAUCCUCAAAAACAAGCGUCAAGCUUGCGUCGCCGUCGUUCGCUCCGAUAUCAUCGAACUCCUCAAACUUAACCACCAUGAACACGCUCUCCAAAGGGUUGAUCAAGUGAUUAAAGAACAGAAUAUGUUAGAUGUGUUUGUAAUGAUGGAUGGAUACUGUCAUCUGCUGUUACAAAGAGUCAGUCUCAUAGAACACGAAAAGGAGUGUCCAGAUGAACUGAAAGAGGCAGCAUCGAGCUUGAUUUUUGCAGCUCCGAGAUGUGGGGAGUUCCCGGAGCUCCAAGAGAUUCGAGCAAUUCUCACGUCUCGUUAUGGGAAGGAAUUCGCGAAAGGUGCUACUGAUUUAAGGAGUAAUUGUGGAGUUAGUACAAGGAUGAUACAGAAGCUGUCACCCAGGCAAUCAACCUUGGAGACCCGAAUGAAGACCCUGCAAGAAAUUGCUACAGAAAAUGGCAUCGUUCUGCAACUCGAGGACACGUCUCCGGUGAUCAAUGAAGUUGCUGAAGUUUUGAGUGUCAGGAAUGGAUCAAGUAGUAGACUUCAAAACAAUUCGGAAGUUUUGGACGAUGAAGUUUUGGGUUUCUCGGAGUCUAGGAAGGGGAAGAAGAAGUUUAGAGAUGUAGAAGAUGCUGCACAAGCUGCGUUCGAAUCAGCAGCGUAUGCAGCGGCUGCCGCCAGAGCAGCGGUGGAGCUUUCUCGAUCAGGAUCUUUCGGUUCUGAUGAUCCCGAUAGUCCCAAUUCUCGACCCAGAAAAGUACGUGAUUCCGAGAAAUCAAAACUCCACGUGAGAUACGAGAAAAACCAUGAAUGGGAAUCUGAAUCGGAAUCGGAAUCUAAACACAAGGAGACUGUGGUAGAAAAUGAGGGUGAAACAUCAAAGAAUCACAGAUUGGCAAGAGACAGCGAUGGUUCUGAUUCCGAUGGGCAUAAGACGUCGGAGAAGGGAAUGGUUUUCGAUGAAAGUGAUGAUGAGAUCGAAAACGAACCAGCUGGUUUUUCGUCAUUAGGAAACUACAACGGUGGAUUAAAGACAGAAGGUGCAUUCACAUCUGAUAAGCAGUUCCCGAUUAGGCCCAAAAAUGCGGAGAUGGGUCUUGGAAUCGACGAACGACGAUUUGGCGAAGGUUCGGAGAUCGCGCAACUGGAUUUAACAAAGAAGCCGAUUUCUGUGAGGAACAAACGAGUGUACGGAAGAUAACCAAGGGUAAGUUUUGUAAUUACAGUCGUUGUAGAUUGCCUAUCUAUUUUAUUUGUUUUUUCUGUUCUUCAUUUCAUUUUCGAUCGUUUUCUGUAAAAUCCACCAUUUUUGUAUUGUUAUGAAGCUCGUGUCUAUGAAUAUUUCAUUUUCUUA